AUGAAAACCAUCGAUCAGGAACAGUAUCCAGACCACGGCAUGGAGGCCAAAAGCGGCCACGGAGUCCAUACCACUGAUAUCCGUGCCCCAACACUUCCACGAUGGCAGUACACUCUCCUCACAGUCGGGAUCUGCCUCGGCCUAUUCCUCUCCAUGCUGGAUUCGUCUAUCGUUGCAACCAGCCUGGUUAGCAUUGCCGCAGACUUUGGCACUGAUCCAGCCGAUGCCAAGCUCAACUGGGUUGCUUUGUCCUAUGCCCUCACCUAUCUGAGUUGUGCAGUGCUCUUCGCACGUGCGUCCGAUGUUGUGGGAAGGAGAGUCGCCUUCGGUGCUGCCUAUGUCAUAUUUGCUGUGUUUUCGGUGGCUUGUGGCUUUGCAAGCAAUAUGGAGGAGCUGAUUGCCUUGAGGGCUAUUCAGGGAGUUGGAGGAGCUGGGCUCUACAGUGUCUCGAUGAUAAUCAUGCCCGAACUAACACCAGAUAACAAGAAAAAGUACAUUGCUGCUGUUGUUGGAGUCGUAAUUGCGUCGGCAGGGGUUCUAGGGCCAGUCCUCGGUGGCAUCUUGACGGAUUAUUCAGUUUGGAGAUGGGUAUUUUGGAUUAACGGUCCCAUCAGCGCUGUUUCUAUCCUUGUUUUCCUCUUUGCCUGGCCUAACAAGCACCAACUCCCGGCGCUACAACGUCGAGCAUGGAAGGAAGUGGACUUCGUCGGGGCAUUCUUACUUACGGUUCCAGGUUGUGUACGGCAAAAGUCCCCUUCAAGCUGGGCUGAUGCUGUUGCCUAUGCUGGCGGCAAGCGCGGUGGGAACAACCCGUCCGCUCAGGGAAUCGUCGCCCAAGUACGCAUUCUCGGCGGUAGUCUUGGUAUUGCAGCAUCGGCGGCCAUCCUAGGGGCCAAGUUUCGGGCGCUAGGUCCCGCGAGCGGGGUGACACCCGAGGUAUUGGAGAAACUGGCGUCUAAUCCAGCGCUUUUGACUCCUGGUCAGUGGACAGUUAUCCGGCGUGUGUACACGGAUGCUCUUAAGGAAGACAUGAUUGUGUGCUGUGCCGUGUUGGGGGCUGCACUGAUCUGUAGCUUCGGGGUUUAUCGACGAAACCGGGUAUCGCUAGAGGAGAUGAUGGAGCAGCGGUACCGCGAGGAAGCAGAAAGGAGAGGGACAAUUUUGGAAACCGAGAAUACCAGCAGGGAGUCUCAAGCAGGUUUGGAGGUUUCUGCUUUACUACUUAUCUUUCCGCUUGCCAUGUACAUCGACCGACCCCCAUUCUCGCUCGUCCGCUUUGCAUCCAAGGUCACUGAAACAGCCCGGGUUUUCCUUUCCUCCGGUAGCCUUCAACAACAGCAGCAACAUCGUGUGCUGCUUCACCAUCGCUUCGCAGCCAUUACAAGAACCAUGGCCUCUUCUGCAGCCGCCAAGCGCCUGGAGGGCAAGACCAUUGUCAUCACAGGUGCCUCGUCGGGCAUCGGCCGCAGCUGUGCCUUUGAGUUCGCCCGCACAGCGCCCAAAAACCUCAAGCUAGUCCUGACAGCCCGUCGUGUUGACCGUCUGCACGAAAUUGCCGCCAAGAUCCGCGAAGAGGUCGGCGAUGGUGUUAAGGUUUUGCCCUUCCAACUCGAUGUUAGUGAUCCAGACCAGGUGCGGAGCUUUGUCCAGCGCUUGCCUGAGGAGUUCCGGGAUAUCGAUAUCUUGGUAAACAAUGCGGGAUUGGUUAAGGGGGUUGCUCGUGCGCCCGAGAUCGAUGAGGGUGACAUGAAUAUCAUGUUCAACACCAAUGUCACUGGCCUAAUCAACAUGACCCAGGCAGUGCUGCCCAUCUUCAAGGCUCGCCCAGACGGUGGUGCCGGUGAUAUCAUAAACAUUGGCAGCAUUGCUGGCCGGGAGCCUUAUGCUGGUGGCAGCAUCUACUGCGCUACCAAGGCCGCCGUGCGCGCUUUUACCGAUGCCCUGCGCAAGGAGCUCAUUGAUACUCGCAUCCGUGUCAUGGAAAUUGAUCCCGGCCAGGUUGAGACGGAGUUCUCCAUUAUUCGCUACUAUGGUGACAAGGCUAAGGCUGAUGCCGUUUACGCGCAGAAUAGCGGCUGUGAUCCCCUCACCCCUGAUGAUAUCGCCGAGGUCGUAGUGUUUGUUGCGAGCCGCAGACAGAAUGUUGUGGUCGCUGACACAUUGAUCUUCCCCAGCCAUCAGGCCGGUGCCGGUGUGCUGUAUCGGAGACCAACGUAA